AUGGCUAAGCACCGCAACGUCACCGCAAAAUAUUUGUCACAUAUCUUGCAAGUGGCGGUGGAAAAAGACAUCAAUGUUAGUGUGAAGACGCUGCAAGAGACUGCAGAAGAUCAGAUUGGCUUUUCUGUCAGCUCGGGAAAGGCAAGGCGUGCCAAGGAGGACAUUUUCCAGAGGCUAUAUGGCACAUAUGAGCAAGCAUAUGACCUAGCCCCCAGACUGCUCCAUCAGAUAUCAUCAAGUAACCCGGGGACUCAUGUAUUCAGGAGAGAUCGUCCACACCCCAGGGAGCAAAAUGAAGAAAUACUUGACCGUUUAUUCUGGGCAUUCCCGCAAGCUAUACAGGCAUUUCAACACUGUCGUCCAGUGUUGUCAAUAGAUGGUACCUUCCUCACUGGAAAGUACAAGGGCACACUCCUGUUGGCGAUCGCAGCAGAUGCAAACAAUCAGCUCCUUCCUAUUGCAUAUGCAUUGGUGGAGAGCGAGAACAAAGAUAGCUGGUUCUGGUUCUUAUGCUGCUUGAAGAUUUCAGUUGUCGGAAAUCGCCCCAAUGUUUGCAUCAUCUCUGAUCGCAACACGGGGCUAUUGAGUGUGCUCGAGUUUAUGAAGGUGGCACAAGAUCCAGAUUGGGGGUGGCCCGAUCUAGAGACAAGGUGGUGCAUGCGGCAUUUGGCAGCCAAUUUUUACUCAAAGUUCAAGAACAAGGAUUGGUUCAAGCUGUUCAAGAGAAUGUGCAUGCAGAAGACAGAAGAGAAGAUGAAUGCAAUUUGGAGUGGAAUCAAUGCCGAAAUUGAGAAAGCUGCGUUGCCACAGAGAACAGAUCGGAGGGGCAAUACCAGGACAGUUAAUCUGUCUACGUGGAUUUCCGAGAGUUGCCCCGAUUUAACCAAGUGGGCGCUUUGUCACGACUCUGGGGCACGGUACGGCAUAAUGACCACCAACAUGUCAGAGGUGUACAAUGGUGUGCUGAAGGGUGUGCGCGCCCUCCCUAUCACGGCGUUGAUUACUGAAACUUGGAACCGGACUUUGUCGUACUUUGCAGACAGAGUCCAGGUUGCCAACGCUCGGGACGCACUGAACAAGCCAUGGUCUGAAAAGAUGCAGCGACAUCUAGACGAGAAAGCAAAAAAAUCACAAAGCCAUGGUUUCCGUCAAAUUGACGCACUUAGGAAUAAGUGGGAAAUACAUGUACGCGCCAAGUUUGUGAGAGGCCACCACAGAGGCUCAAGAAAGCAUGCUGUCACCCUCGGAACUAGCUCGUGUGAGUGCAGUUGUAACAAGCCAAAACUUUUGGGAUACCCUUGUAGUCAUGUCCUCAAGGCUGCUUCAGCACAGAACAUCAGCGUGCAGUCCUAUAUAUCUCCGUACUUCAACACAUACAACCUACUGCACACAUGGAAUGGUGAGUUCUGGACAUGGGGCAUUGGGCAGCACUAUAGGGAUCAAUCUUUUGACAUGAUAGCUGGUUUCGGCCACAAUAUGGCCCCGCCACAGGGUACUGAGCAUAUGCAGGAAGAAUACUAUCCCGGAACUUCUAGUCAACCUGAGAAUCAAGGGAUAUUUAAUGAAUUCUUUGGAGCUGACAUUAUAAGCACACAAGGCAGUUUAAUUCCUCCGGCGACACAAUCUCAACAUGUAUUACAAACUCCACCACAGAACUAUGAGGCCCACACAGAUGAGGAGCACGAACAGUACGGUCGAGCGUGGCCAUUUUCCAGUCUUGUCGCCGCGUUCUUCUGCUGCCUGCGCCUCAGCAGCCCUUUCUCUUAA